AUGUUCAACCAGCAUCCCGACUUUUUUUACAUGUUCGAACCCCUACACCCGCUAGAAGUCGCUAGAGCUCGAGAGCCGACAGAACGUCUGGAGGCCAGGAUUCUAAACGACGUCAUCUCAUGUAACUUUUCGGCAUGGGAGUCCCACUUCAAGAUCUAUUUGAAAGAUGAGGACUUUGGAGGAUGGAAAUAUAGCAGGGACAUUCGACAGGCGUGCUCUAUAUCGGAGAAGUACUUUAAGUUGAGCUUGGACCUUAAGAAAUCAUGUCCUAUACUGGACCAGGACAUCCUGGCUGUUCUGCGUGCAAUUUGCGUGAGGCGGAAACAUUUGGCGGUGACUUUGGCACACACGACGGACCUGUCAACUCUGCUGACACCUUUCGGGGAGCCACAGGGAACCCCCUCCCCUGUUCGCGGCGGCCUGACCGCGGAGGACGCGCGGCUCCUGCGGGAGGAGGGUCUGUACCCCGUCAUCAGCGGCGCCGGAGGGGAGCCCGCCCUCAGGACCAGCCUCAGGCCGGACAUCAGGCUGCUGCUACUGCUACGAGACCCUCGCGACGUGGUGACGGCACGGCUGAGGCAGCUCUACGGGAACGUCAAUCAGUUCCAGCCCGGCCACGUGGCCGUCGCAAGACCGCAAGACUACUGUGACUGGGUUCUGGCCAUCACUCGGUCCGAUCCGACUUCAACCCACGGCGGACCCCACGGGCUGCAGGGGAGAUUCGCCGUAGUCAGGCACGAGGAUGUCAUGGACAGACCAGUGGAGAUAGUCCGCAAAGUCUACAGGUUUGUGGGUGUUCCACUUCCCCGCAGCGUGGUGAAAUGGCUACAGACGGACACUGGGGACGAGAGAACGUCACGCGACAUGUUUUCUAGCCGCAGAAACUCUCAGGAACCUGGUAACGGUUGGCAAACGGCACUGAGCUUUGCUGCCAUCAACGAGGUCCAGAACAUAGCGAGUUGUAGAACAGUCAUGGCCAUGUUCGGGUACAAGUUCAUCCGUCACGUGGCAGACUUGAACAGAACAGCUACGAACCCAAAAGGUGAAAAACACGAGGACUUCUCAACAGCCUAA